AUGGGGCCCAUCUGGGCGAUGUGGAAGGCUCAGGGAAAGGACACACCCUGGGCUUGCCCUCCUGGCGUUCCACAAGCAGCUGCCCUGGCCAGCGGUAUGCCACUCUUGGAAUAUGUGAACAAGCUUGAUUAUGUCAGUGUUAUCGCAGGAGCUCCUAUGGAGGUCAUACAGUGUAAGACAAAUGACAUUUUAUCUGAGGUAGUUCUUGAAAGAAUUAUCUCUGCAAGCGAGACGAAAGUUGAAGGGCCCAUAGGAGAAUACUACGGUUCUAUUUGCCCAGCCAAGGGAGCACCGCAGCCGGUAAUAAUGGCCAACGCAAUUACAUAUCAAAGCAAUUCCAUCGUUCCGAUUACUGUCGCAGGUCGUUCUCGAGACGAAACCCAUGCCGUGUGGGCUUUUUCGAUCUGCGCUGGAAACCCUCGACUUAUUGCAGCAAGCAGGCCUACCAAUUGCCAAGGCCUGGUGCCCAUACGAGUUUCAGGCUACCAGGUUGAUCGGAAGACCUUGCGGAAACGAAGACCGGGUCCGGGGCAUUUUGCCGCCAAGUUGGGAAAAUUGUUUUCUCCUCUAACCUUGGUCGAUUUAUACCAAAGACCUUCGAUCCUUGUGACUUGCGUGAAGUCGUCUGAGCUGAAGCGACCAGGUGCCGGCCAUAGCCAGCGACGACUACCCGUGGGUGACUAUUCAACAUAUGAUCUAGUGCCAUACGCCACCCACGACAUUGAACUUCGCAAGCCGCAAGCCAAGGUCGUCUCAUUGUGCAUGUUGCCUACGGAAUUCAAGACUUUGGACCUGCCGCGGGUUGAAGCUUUUUUUUUCAAUGCAUCUUACCCGGAAGACCUCCAGAGGCAAGUCCUGGAUAACUGGCCCGCAUACGGGUUUGAGGGAAUUCCUGUAAAUCCCUGA